AUGCUUAAGCAGUUGACAAUCAAUUUAUCAUUGGUGGAGGCAUUAGAGCAAAUGCCUGGGUAUGCAAGGUUUAUGAAAGAUCUUGUUAUGAAGAAGCAGACAGUUAGUUUUGAGUCAGCGAACAAUCUCCAUCAUUGUGGCGCUAUUUCCACAAAGUCGUUGGUGCAGAAAAAGGCAGACCCAAGAGCAUUUACCAUCUCGUGCACUAUUGGGCCUCUUGAUUUUACAAAAGCUCUAUGUGAUUUGGCAGCCAGUAUAAAAUUAAUGCCACUUGCUGUGUAUAAUAAAUUAGGUUCGGGGGAUCCAACUCCUACAAACAUGAGAUUAGUUAUGGCGGACAGAUCUAUGAGGUGGCCGUGCGGAUUCUAUAUGAUGUAUUAG